AUGGAGGAGCUACUAGCAAAAGGAAUGAAGAAUGCAAAAAAUGCUAUUCUUUCAGGCAAUUCAGCUGGUGGAUUGGCUGCUAUGAUCCAUUGUGAUCGUUUUCGAUCUCUAUUACCUAGCACGCCUAGAGUGAAAUGCCUCUCAGAUGGUGGCUAUUUUUUACUUGACAAUGAUGGCAAGAGAGGGAAAGUAUUGGAAUCAACCUUUGCUGCAGUGGUUAACUUACAUAAUUCAGCAAAAAUGUUGCCUUCAUCAUGUACUUCAAGAAAAUUGGAUCCAACAUUGUGUUUUUUCCCACAAAAUUUACAACAAUAUAUCAAGACACCACUUUUCAUAAUCAAUUCUGCUUAUGAUUCAUACCAGAUAAUAUUUACCGUUAUACCCUCCGCACAGAGAGCUGACUUUAAGGAAAAUUGUAUGCUAGAUUUCAAUAAUUGCUCUUCCGAUCAGCAAAAGAUGUUACGAGAUUUUGGGGCAGAAUUUGUAAGUGCAUUACCAAACUCAUACAGCCCUUCACAAAGAGGAAUGUUCGUCAACUCUUGCUUCAUACAUCUACAAAUUUCCUACAGUACCAGCUGGACUAGUCCUUUACUCAUGGUGAACAAUAAGACAGUUGCAAAGGCAUUUGGUGACUGGUUCUUUGAACGAGAUCUCUGCCGAGAGACGGUCAAACUACAAGAUUUGCCACAAAUAUGUCGUCCACCCCCUCAACCGGCUCAAGGUCAACGCGAAGACCCCCCAAAACGACUCUGA